CUUUCCCCCUCUUUGUUAUACGCAGGUACCGGCCUCAGCUAUUAUACAUACUCUCUCUCUCUCUCUCUAGCGAACGUCUUCGUCUCCACCAUUCCACCUCUACCCGUGUCUGUGUGCUGCCUUGGGGUUUUCUCUUUCUUUUCCUCGAGGAACACCUUGAAAUAUAUGUUGAUGUUCGUGGCUUAAGCCUCAAGAGUUUCACAGAAAAAGUUACGCAGGGAGGAAGGGAAGGGAUCAAGUUAUACAUAUAUAUCGAAAUUAUUGCACGAAGUAUAUAUAUAUAUAGACAGAUAUUCAGACGGAAGGCUUUGUUAUAUGUAAAUGGCCACGGCACCGGUGAAGUCUCAGCCGCUCCACAACUUCUCCCUUCCAUUCUUGAAAUGGGGAGGCAAGAGCCACACCAACUCCACCACCCGCUGCCGCCGUCCCCUCUCCCCGGCUUCAUCAGAGCCCGACUCCGACUAUCACGACUUCGACCCGUCCACUCGCUUCGGAUCCCGCUCAUCGCGCAACCGAUUCGGCUUCUCUCCUUGCUCCCUCAUCGACAGGUCUCAGAAGCCGGACCGAGUAGAGAGCGGCGCCGAAGGCGAUGGCGACUUCAGGCAGAGGAAGAUGGAACCUGCAGAGGAGGAGGAGGAGGAGGAGGAGGAGAAAGCUGAAACCGAAGCCGAAGCCGCGGUCGAGGAAGCUGCGCAGAAGCCGUGGAACUUGAGGCCGAGGAAGGCUGUUCAGAGGAGCGCGAUGAUGGAGCUGCCUGCGGAGAAUACGGGGAGUGCGGUGCUUGCGAUUCCCGCGGCUCAGCAGCAACAGAGCGAGAACACGCAGCCGAAGUCGCUGCGGCUGCGGGGUAUGGUGGCGGAAUCACAGAGCACGGAGAAGAAGAAGGAGAAGAGGAGAUUCUGGAUCGCGCUAUCCAAGGAGGAGAUCGAGGAGGACAUUUUUGUCAUGACUGGGUACAGGCCAGCUCGCCGGCCCAGGAAGCGACCCAAGAAUGUCCAGAAGCAGCUCGACAGUGUUUUCCCUGGGCUGUGGUUGGUGGGGACAACGGCUGAUUCUUAUCGGGUGACUGAAGCUCCGGCAAAGAGGUAGAUAUGCUUUGCUCAUGCCUACUUAAAUUUAUGAUACAAAGAGGUAGAUGAUCCCAGGAAAUCGUGAUUUUGUGAAAAGCUUGGAAGGUUAGGGACAUUUCUUCUGCAAAAUAUAGUAUUGAUUGGAGGUACAAUGCGCUGCAUUUUGUAAAAAAGAGGAAAUCAAGUUAUCAAUGGAAAGAAGAAAAUGAAAAAGAAAAAAGAACAGAGAUCUGAUUUCUUUGCGUUCCAUUUCUUUUAUCAUUUUGUGUUGCGCACUUUGCAGGGGUCUAGUUUAGCUGGUUUUUACAUGUGGUAAGUAGUUUUAGCUAUAGCCUUGAACAUAUGGUGGAAUGAAUAUGGAUAUUUUUAAUGUGUGUAUCUCUUUCCCUUUUUAGAGCGUUAUGAAAUGUUGCAAAACCAUUACCUGAUACAAUAUUUUUGG